AUGUUCUGGUUACUUCUAUUCCUGAGUAUGCCUAAUAAAUCAAUCCAAGUAGGUCUAGUAGGCAACCCUUUAGCUCACGCUUAUCCUUGUGAAGAUAAUCACAACAUAACAGCCACUUUUGAAUCCGGUCUACCACCAGGUGAAGAGAAUCAGUACUAUUUGAAUAUUAAAGGGACAAUACAAAAGUAUUCGCAAAUCAAUUUGAAGUUUGAUUCAGAUGCUACUGUUGUUUUGUCAGAUCCAAUGAAAGCUCGAAUAACUGCGUACACCAAUUCGAACUCAUUCAAUGUGAGAUUCUUCAAAGGAUCUCCUAAUCUAAACAUUAACGUCAGAGGACCAGCCACAGGCACUAUACCGUACGUCCAAAGCAUUAUACUGGACAAUGAUGAAAUUUGUAACAAGCCCUCAUCUGGUUAUUUCGACUCACUUAUCGAAGGCGUCAAAGAUACAGCUGAGAUCACCCUGACAGUACCAGCUGAUGAAUCUUGUGGAAGACGUAAGGUAGUCCAUACAGAACUGAUAGUCCACGGCCAGCCAACGAAGUCAGGAGACUGGCCUUGGCAUGUGGCUUUGUUCACAGUUGAGGGGAAUAUUGUUAAGUACAUUUGUGGAGGAACUUUACUGUCCAAGACUUUGGUUUUAACAGCUGCUCACUGUGCAUCAAUUAGAGGGAAUGCAGUUGUUCCUAAAUCUUUGAGUGUUAUUCUCGGUAAACAUAAUCUUAUUGGUGGAGAUGUCGCACCACAAGAAAGAGAGGUAUUUGAAAUUAUUUUACACAAGGAGUUUGAUCCGAGAACUUUGAAUAAUGACAUUGCCUUAUUGAAAUUGAAGUCUGAAGCAGUAUUUGAUGAUUACGUUCAACCAGCUUGCUUGUGGCAGUCCAAUCUCUACAAGAAACUGCCGAGUGGUGGUAUUUAUGGAUCGGUGGUAGGAUGGGGGUUCGACCAUCAAGACAUAUUAUCGACCACUCUACAACAAAUAACUAUUCCUAUAGUAUCGGAGGCGACGUGUUUGAAGAGUAACCCUGUCUUCUUUCACAAUAAACUUAAUACUAACAAGUUUUGUGCGGGUUUUGCUAAUGGGACGUCAGCCUGCAAUGGUGACAGUGGAGGUGGUCUAGUAGUCUUCGUGCCAGAUGUUCCAGGUGCCAAGACUCAAGAGUCUGGCGCUUGGCAUGUUCGUGGUAUCGUAUCUACGACAGUGAGCAGAACGGACGCACCCAUAUGUGACCCUAAUCAGUACACACUGUUCACUGAUGUGGCGAAAUAUCGAAAGUGGAUUUUGAGUUAUUUGGAUUAG